GUGCCUGGUGCUCGCGCUCCUGCGGGGCGACACCUUCAGCGUGUACGCCCAGGGUCUGUCUCGCGUGCGGGCGUUCGUAACAGCAGCCACAGACGCGGCUUCCGGGGAGCUGAGCUGUCUCCAGUGCGCUGACGAAGGGCCGCGCAGCGGCCCCUCCACGGCCUCUGCUGGCGCCGCCGCAGCCUCCCGCGUUGACGCAACAGCGCCCAACAGCGCAAGCGACGGCGCGCAACGCAGCCCCGCUUAUCUCACGAUGAAGCUCCAACUGCUUGGGCUGGCGAGCCAUCGGCUUCUAGAUGCGGCCGUUAUGCUGCUGGGCAUUUGCGCCCGCCUCGGUCACGUAGAGGCAGUGCGACAUGAGGCGCUCGAGGCGCUGGCAAGGAGCUCUGUGUUAGAGCACGUGGCGGCGACGCUGCUGUGCCUGGACCAAGCUCUGGCGACCCAGAUGACAGCCUCUCUGAGGUUUGAGGACGCAGCGGGUGCUAGCGCCGCGGCAGGGGGCAACGCAGCCGAGCCGCCAGUAGUCGGGUCGGUCCCAGAGCACCUGCUGCUGCAGGCCGCGCCGCCAACCCUGGCAGCAGGUUGCGCAGCAGCAGGGGCAGCAGCAGGGGCAGCAGCAGGGGCAGCAGUAGCAGGGGCAGCAGCAGCAGGGGCAGCAGUAGCAGGGGCAGCAGUAGCAGGGGCAGCAGAAGCAGGGGCAGCAGAAGCAGGGGCAGCAGCAGGGUGCGCGUCGGCGUCGCAGUCGGGCCUGCCGCCGCGGCAGCGUGGGCAGGAGUCUGCGGGGGCGGGGGAUGCGCUCCGCGCAGUCUCGGAUGUCCAAGGAUGGCAUGGCAUUCUGUGCAACUGCCUGGAUAUGCACAGCAUGCGCUGCGACUGGCCGCCGCCCCAGUCCCCCCAUUGGUCGCAACAGCCGCGGCCGCUGCAGCCGCCGCCAGCAGGCGUAGGCGAAGCUCCAGAGCCCGCGCCGCCCCCAGCAACAGCGCCUGCACCCGCUUCGCUUGCCCCAAGAGCCGUGCUCGCGCCUGGAGGGACGACUCAGCGGCGGCGCCAGCAGCUAUUGAUGCGAAUCUUCAGCGCCCCGUCCCUCCAGCUUUUGGCGCUCCUGUAUCUGGAUGUGCCGCUAGCCUGGGAGCGUGGGCUUGGGAAGCGGCCAGCGGAGGCGGCACAGCGGCAGGGGGAUCAGCAACAAAGCCAGCAGAGCUUCGUAGAGGUGGCCGCGGCUCACCCAGGGUCGGCAGCCGCUACCGGCAGCCCAGACCACAGCGAGAGGGGUGCUUGCAGCUGCGGGGUCCCGUGGCUGCGAGGUGGGGUGCUGCCGGCGUGGGGCCCUGCGGCGGAGCUUGACUUCACGGAUGCCGCCAGCUCGGUUAAGGAAAUGGGCAGCGCCAUUGAAGCGGCGGCCACCGUCUUGGCACUCAGCGCUGCUGCCUCUGCUGCUGCGGGCCCGCACAGCCGCGCUGCUACGGACUCAGACGCAGGCGCAGGCGCGGGCGCAGCUGGUGGCACAGCAAGUCAGCUGCCGCCGCCGCUGCCACUUGUCCACUGGUACGACGCACUGCAGGCAGGUCUGCGAGCCGCACGACCGGCGGUGUUGACCUAUGUGGCCAAUGCGGCGGGCUCAAUGCCGCUCAUGCUCUCUGUCCGGAGGCAGUGGUGGGCGGGAAUGGACGCAGCUGUGCGGCUGUUUGUGCUGCUGCGGCGGCGGCAGGCGGCUGCACGGCUGCCGGCGCUGUGGCAGCAAUUUGUUGCCAUGCUGCCGGCGCUUCCGGUGUUUUCGGUCCGGCAUGAGUCGUUCCGCCAGGAAGUGUUUCACUGCCUAGCUGACGUGUUGGCGUCUCCAGCUCUAGCAGCGGCGCCAGGCCCUCAAGUGCAGCGACGGCAGCAGCAGCUGCAGCAGCAGCUUCCGCCCAGCCCCUCGACAUCUGGGUCAGCCGCAGAGGACGGCAGUAGCACCUGGGGCACCGGAGGCGGUUGCAGCUACAGCCUGCGCUGCGCGCUGGACGCGGGGCUGCUGCCGGCGCUGGAGCAGCUGCUGCGGCGGGCGGUCGCGGGGCUUCCGGCGGUGCAGCAGCCGCCCCCAGUCGAUGCCACGGCGCGGUUCUAUGCCCAAGAACAGGCGCAGGUCGCCUGUGUGGUCCUGGGGUCACUCCUGUGUGAGUCCGGUGUGUGGUCCGAGGUGCUUGCGCACGGGUCUGCUGCAGAGGCGGUGCCGCUGGUGGCGACGCUCUCGCGUGUGGCUGCCGUUGUCACCGACGCGGCGGCGGCCGCGGCGCAGACGACGAAGGAUGUGGGGGCAUUGCGGAGCAAGCCGGAGCAGCGGCUAGCUCUGUCGGUGUGCCUCAUCCUCACAGCUCUGCUGGAGCAGCAGCAGGCGCAGGCAGCAGCUGGCGGGCCCUCGCGCUUGCUCCUGCAGUCGCAAUUUGACGUGCACUCGGAUGGCCUUGCGCUGAGCCGCUGGGUGUGCCGCAACCUGGGUGGCGACAGGGACCGCGGCGCGGCCGCAGUGGCGGGCGCUGCUGCUGGCCCUGAGCCCGCGGGGGCGGCGGGCGCCGCUGAGCCCGCGUGUGCAUCGACCGCAGCAGUGCCGUCGCCGCCGCACCCGCAGCGCCUGCUGCUGGCGGACUGGGCGGCGUUGCAGUGGCUGCCGGUGCUGCUGCGCGCGCCGGCCGUUGACCUGAUGGCGAGUGGCAUGUCCGACACGGCCCUCCCGGAGCCGCUGGACACGGGCCGCUCGGGCGCGCUGCUGGUGAGCCGCCUGGCCCGCAGCCUGGUGCAGCUGUGCCGCCACUACUUGGCGGCCGUGUGGCGAUUCAGCCGCGGAGAACGCGUCAUGGGCGGCCACCCGUACCCCAGCUCGAUGCAGGUCGCGGAGCAGGACAUCGAGGUGCGAGCGAUACGGAAGGCCGAGGCGGAAGUAGCCUGUAGGCCGAUUGAGCAGAAGGUGGCGCAGUUGCAGCAGCGGUCGCGGCGUGUUCAGGUGGAGGCAGAGGCACAGUUGGCAAGGAUAAACCCGAGGGCGGCGGCGGAGAUGGCGGCGGCGAGGAGCCUGGUGGUGGAAAACGAGGCGAUGCGCGCUGAGACGGAUGCGCUGCAGGAGCAAUUGGCUCGGGCUCGUGCGAAGGCGGCGCAGGCGUGCGCGGGGGGAGGCGUGCCGGACUACGGCGACGGCCUGGUGUGGCACCUGGCCCUCGGCGACCCCGGCAAUGCCCUUGGUGUUGUCGGACUGGAGGCAGCGACCCUGUGCGCCACCCAGCACUUCGUGGCGGCGGUGCAGCGGCUGAAAUCCGCGGCAGCGGCGGGUGGCGUACUUGCGGCGGCAGCAGCAGUGGCGGGUGGCGCAGCUGCAGAAGCAGAAGCAGCGACAGCGGAAGCGGAAGCGGCAGGCUCGGCGACUGCAGUGGGUGCUGGAGGUACCGCAGACGAGGCCGGAGGGGGCGGCGGUGCAAGUGGUGUGAUGCAGGAGCGAGCUGCGCAUCGCGGCAGGGACACCGAAGCCACGGCGGAUGCCGCGGCGCUCGCCUCAGCGGUGAUGGAUUUGGCGGAGGUUGCCGCUGUGCGCGUCUGGUUUCAGCGCACCGUGAUCGACAAGAAAGACCAGGAUGUAGACCUCCAUGUGAACCUUGGGAUCGCUGUCGGCCUCAGCGGCGCCAAGCUGCUGAAGUGGCUGCAGAAGUUUGGCUUACGCCGGCGGCCGCGGCUGGAGGCGGUUCUGUGGGCGCCGUACCGGAAGGAGCAGGAGGCGGCAGGGGCCGCCGCAACAGCAACAGCAACGGCGGCAGGCGGGUCGGCGAGCCCAGGGGCGAAGGCCCAGCAGCGGCGGGGCGGCCGGCAGUCGGCAGCUGCAGCGGUGGAUGAGCAAGCGCGGCUGGCACGGCAGGCGGCGCGGGAGACCGCCGUGUUGGCGCUGUUGGACGAGCUGGCUGACCGGUACGGGCUGGCGGACCUGUUGCCGGAUCCCGCGCUGAACGACACGGAUCCUGCUUGUGCUCUGGUGAGGGACCCUGCAAUGCUAGGACAGCGGCUGCUGCGCGAGAGUGCCCCCGUGCGAGCGGACACAGCGGGCGCGGCAGCAGAGGCAGGGGCGGCGGCUGGGGCGUCAGGCUCAGAGGGCGGAGCCGGGGUCAGCACCAGCAGCACCACCAGCAAUGGUGAUGGUGGCGGGGACAAGCCUUCUGCACCGGCUGUGCCCGGGCAUGUAUUGGGCGUGGGGCUGUGCUGCAACCCGGCCUGCCGCAGCCUGGAUGGCCCCAGCGCACUCCUGCCGCCGGGCGCCGGCAAGGUGUGCGCGCGCUGCAAGGGGGUGCGGUACUGCUGCGGCGCCUGCCAGCUGGAGCACUGGCGACAGCGGGGAGGCCACAGCGAGGACUGCGCGGGCAUGAAAGCAAAGCAGCAGGCGGCCAGUGCCGGCAAGUAGCGCGGAUGCACGGUGCCCGUCAUAGGACGCAGGGUGUCAGGAGAUCGCCCGUCAUAGGACGGAGGGUGUCAGGAGAUGACGUAAUGAGAGAGCUCAUGAGCAGAGGAGCUGGUGCGCACUUCUGAGUAUCAGCGUUGAUAGAGUUUGUGUGACGCAUGGGACAGUGUACCAAAUAUACUGUGAGUGUAUUACGCUGAGAGCCGCAGCCCUGACAAGCGGACAUAGCUUUCUGCGGAUUGUGCAAGUGCGGCUGGUUUAAAUGACGGUCAUGUUACAGAGUUUUGGCAUCGCAGGAAGCCGGGUGUCAGGAGGAGGGCGCAGAGCCGCAGCCGACAAGUACAAGCGCAGGGCGCAGCAGACAAGUACAAAUGCAUAGGAUUGCAAGUGCGUUAGUGCCGAUGCGGAAAUUCAAAGGGAGUCGGCGGCGGCAUUGAGAGCGGGCGACGAAGACAUAGACGAUGAUGCGCUGGUGACAAGCUUUGUGGCCGCCGUGUUGUUCGCGUUGGAGGAUGUGCAGAAAGAUGGGCCCCUACGGCCUUGCCGGCGUGUCGCCACGUAUUGAGUGGCCGUCAGCCUGCGAGGCGGGUCAUGCGUGUUGUGCAACUUGCAAGACUUUGUGCAUUGUCGUGUUGGUGUAGCUUGGCUGCAGCCGUUCCAAUCAGCUGGUUGUCGACUUGUCGUGUCACUGUGCGUCAUCGAUUGUGGCGCCUGCGGCGGUUGUGCAGGCCGUACAUCAGCGAGGAUACGGUACUGCAUAUGGAAUGCGGGUUUGGCCAGAGGACUUAAGAGGACGUGUACGGCAGACGGUGCACUGGGCCGUGGGAUGAUGUCGUCAGAGCCAGGGGUUGUGGUCAAAGUUGUACUUGCGGUGCUGUCUCGCUCGACCAGUGCUCGUGUCUUCCAUCUACGCUGUAGACAUUUGGCCCAAAUCUGCCGAAGGCGGAGAAGUGUUUUGGGGUUUGGGGCCGCGCAUCUACGGAGUGCAGACGUUUUGGGGAUUUGGCGGUAUCUUAGACCGGGAGCGUAAAUGUUUUGGGGGUUUGGGGGGCGUGCCGCCGUGCCCCAAGGGAAAAUUUUCUGGGUAUAGAUGGCGCCAGGGGUAUAGAUGGGCCAGGGAUGGAACCCCUGGAUGGCGCGGGAGGGGUCAUCUACGCGGUGUAGACGCCGGGGGCCUAAAGCCAUCUAUAA